GGCCCGGUCAUUGGUGGAGCGCAGGACAGAGAGCGGUGCGGUAGAUAGACUGCCGCUACGCUAUUGGGGGAGGGAAGACAAACUGGAUCUGAACAAAAAAAAAGACCAGAUAACAACAAUAUCAAGUUGGAAAUAGAAAGCGCGAGACGCGGCUGCUCGAACAUAUUUACUCGUUAAAAUACUUCGGAUGUCAGCAUGGCUCAGAUGUUUACUAUAUCAGACAGUGAGUCAGAGCCCUCAGAGGAGGUAGGAGAAACCGAAAAGGACCAAUCGUCUGCCGGAAAGGGGAUGACUGGCGGUCCAAUAGGCCACGCCCUCACUGUGCCUGAGAUGAGACUGGCAGGAGAGGGUCGGUUGAGGAUGAACUCAGAGUCCCAGGCCCAUGAGAUCCAGGGUAGGGGGCCAGGGGUGGAAGGCGUGCCCACAGACGGAGCAUCUUUCCGGGGUCGCUCCCAGUCGGCCCCCCCUGCCCUCUGGGCGGCCAAGAGAUACGGGCGGCAGCUCCGACGCAUGAGUGACGAGUUUGAUACGUGGCUGGAUAAAGGGGAGAUGAGGCGGGUGAAGAGUGCGGGAGCAGCCAAACAGAUGACCAAGUCCCCCAGCUGGUGGGCCUACCUGUUCAGUCAUAAGGAGACAGAGACAGAACAUACCCCUACCAUCCCACCACGAUCAUCUGAGUAGAGAGGAGGAUGGAGGGAGGGAGAGAGAGGGGGGUGGAGGGAGAAGGAGAGAGAGAGGGGGAGAAAGGGGAGAGAGGAUUGGAAGGAGACAGAACCCAUCCGUAAUCGUACCGCUAUUGAACCACGGUCAUCAGAGUACAGAGAAGGGGAUGUUUCCCAUGCCAAUAAAGCCCCUUGAAUUGAGAGAGAAAAAGAGGGGGACAGAAGAUGGAUUGAGAAAGGGAGAGAUGGGCCUACCUGUUCUCAGCUGCUACUGAAACAUGAUCAGAAAAGUAUAGAGAGGGAUGGAGGGAGAGGAAGGAGAGAGAGAGGGAUGGAGGGAGAGGAAGGGGAGGAAGAUGUGGAGAGGUAGGAGACAGUAACAAAGUAGAGGGUGGAGAGGUAGAAGGAGAGAAUAAAAGGGGAUGAGACCUUACCCAAACAAGAACAACUAGUUUGCCAGCAAGAAAUUGAUUUUCCAACUUCACUCUAGUGAAAGCAUCCACCCAAGGCCCAAACGGGCCUUUAGUUAAUAAUUUUUGACUGUUUCUCCCAUUAACACUAUGCAACACAGAGAGUCCAGACAACAUGCACUGAGACAGAACAAAACGGCGGUCGGGUUCUCUCAUAAACUCUUCUCCACCUCAAUUAAUCUCUCCUUGUUUCCUCGUAUCCUAUUUCCUCCUCAACCGUACUGGUCCCUCCCUUCCCUCUGACCUUCUUUUCCAAUGCAUUUUUAGAAGGACAUGAGGAGCAGUGGUGUAAGGAAUCAAGGAAAGAUGGAUUGAGAAUGAGUGUUACUGUGUCUGUAUCCCAAAUGGCACCCUUUUCCCCACAGGCCCUGGUCAAAAGUAGUUGCACUAUAUAGGGAAUAGGGUGCCAUGGGCCCUGGUCAAAAGUAGUAAAUAGGGAACGGGGUGCCAUUUGGGACGCAGUCCAUGUGGUAGUGAGCAACCACAACCGCCGCCAUCUUAGAGUGAUGGCUGCACUCCGACAACUAAUCCCAUUUCAAAAUAAAUGUCUCAAAUAUGAGGAACCAUCUUGUUUAAAUGACAAUCUUUGAUAACAGUGCUAAUGAUAUGUUUUGUAUUAAGAACUGCAGGGGAACAUUUUAAUCAGACAAUAGAAUUGAAUUAACUAAGAUGUAGACUUUCAGAGCAAAACCAAUGAGAAUUAAAGACUUGGGUCUUUAAAAAACUGUAAAUACUGUUAAUAUUUCAAUGAAUGAAACUAAAAAUGGACAAUAACAUGUAAACUGCUGAACAACAAAAUGUGAUUUUUUUUAUUAAUGAUACUAUGUGUAUGUCACAAAUAGCACCCUAUUCCCUAUACAGUGCACUACUUCUGACCAGGGCCUAUAUAGGGAAUCGGGUGCCAUUUGAGACGAAUCCCCUCUCUGUAAGCCUGUAUCUUUUUUUUUUUUCUACUUAGAGGUGCUACUGCAAGGUCUUCCGUUGCAGCCCAAAUCAACCCCCUACACUUCCAUGCGGUCCCAAUUCGUUCCCUACCCCCUCGAUGUUAGGGGCUGGAUAGGUAUAAGCGGUGCAAUGGUUGACCUUUCAAAAAUUCCACACCUGUAAACAUUGAAUGGUUAGAGCUCUGGCUCCCGAGUGGUACAGCGGUCUACGGCACUGCAUCACAGUGCUAGAGGCGUCACUACAGACACCCCGGUUUGAUUCCAGGCUGUAUCACAACCGGCCGUGAUUGGGAGUCCCAUAGGGUGGCGCACAGUUGGCCCAGCGUCGUCCGGGUUAGGGUUUGGCCGGGGGUAGGCCGUCAUUGUAAAUAAGAAUUUGUUCUUAACUGACUUGCCUAGUUAAAUAAAGGUUAGUGUUUUUUUUAAAUGUUUUAUUCAGAUCAGUCUGUCUUUAUAGUGCACUACUCCUGAUUAGGGGUUAGGGGUUGAUUUGGGAUUCCAUCAGUAGCUUCAAUGAUCUGCCUUUCUGUACGAGUCCAGGCCUUUCUCUGUGACUGGGCCAUGGUUGCCAGCACUACUACCUACCUACUGCCUUAGGCACCGGGCUCAGUCACACUGCAGAAAAGCACAAACACGCCGGGUAUGUCCCGCAUCACAACGUUGGCAAAACUAUACUCUCUGGAACAGUAUGUAGAGGAAUCCUUAUCAACAGAUAGCUUGUCACACACUACUGGUGCCUGCAGCACACGGGCUGUGUUCUAGAUCACAUCGUUGCUAAACUAAUCUCUGUAGUUGUGUAUAUAGAGUGUUUAUCAACAACAAAACAUUGGUCGGUAAAUCUGUGCAACAUCUGUUCUUUCACCAUUUGACAGACCUUUCCUUACAACGUUUUUUUUUUGAUUCUGCCUUUUAAACCUGUAUUCGUUUUAAACUGUUUUUUUAACCUGGUUUGCGCAACGUUUUGUGGUGUUGAACGUACACUGUUAAAACCGGACUGGGCUCUAGUCUAGAUAGAAUUGUGCAACGGGAAGCUUGCCUUGCGGUCUUCUGUGGGUUUGCGUCUCAAAGGGCACCCUAUUACUGCACUCUAUAGGGAAUAGGGUUCAAUUUGGGACACAAUCUCUGGUAUUACUUGAAACUUGAUGUGUAUGGGGGGAAUCUUGAAUACUUUUGCUUUGCUUUCUUUUUCUACAAAAUUACUUUUGUAAAUGUAUUUUCUUUUUGUGACCACUUGGUGUACUAUGGGCAUAGGUAAACAAAUAAACAAAUAAUUUUUAAUCAUUUA